GAAAAAGUAUAGGGCAUUUAAAUUUUUCGAAUAAAAAAAUUAUUGUAGAGUGUAAAGCACCUUGAAUCUGCAGACGAACGGGACCAAAAUGGAAUAUGACGAGUUAAUUAGAGGAUUUGGAAAUUUUGGGAAUUACCAGAGGCGGUUGUACAUCGUGUUAUUUUUGCCGGUCAUAUUUAAUUCGUUUAGCUCACCUGUGACCAAUUUUCUUGUUGGACUCCAGAGGCACAGGUGUAGGAUCCCAGGUUUAGACAAUGACACUUACAAAAUACAAAAUGAAAAUCACCAGCAGUUAAUCAACCGGACAAUACCAAGAAAUCUAGACGGUGACUAUGAGGAAUGCUUGGUGGUAUCUAACGCCUCCUCGGAAAAGUGCAAUGACUGGGUGUACGACACAUCUAUGUUCCAAAGUACAGUCAAUUCACAGUUUAACUUGGUUUGUGACCGGAAACUGAUGGGGUCCCAUGCAGUGAUGGCCUAUUUCAUUGGUACCGUAGUGUCAACUAUUGUUUUUGUUCCUCUUGGAGACAUAGUGGGUCGUCGAUACAUGGUAUGUAUAAGUACAACUCUGACCUUCCUUGCCAACAUAGCUAUGCCUUUCUCCACCAACAUUUACAUGUUCGCAGUCUGUCGAUUCUUUGAUGGAUUUUGCGGAAACUGUCUUUACAUGGCCGCUUUUAUCAUAGCCAUGGAGUUUGUUGGACCAAAGAACCGAAUUUUGGCGGGUACCUGCAUACUUCUGGUGUAUUGUCUGGGGGAGUUUCUGCUGCUUUUACUGGGGUUUUUAAUCAGAGACUGGAAGUGGUUACAGCUCACACUAGCUGUUCCCAUGGCCAUACCGUUGUUAUAUUGGUGGCCUAAAGUGUUGCCAGAAUCUCCUCGGUGGUUGGUUUCUAGGAAAAGAUACACAGAGGCCUUGGCAAUUUUGCGAAACGUCGCCAAAGCAAACCACGUGGAAUUUAACAAAGACCUCUCUGACAUAAAGAUAGGGAAAGAUGAAGGGAUUCUAAAAAUUCUUAAGGAUCUUCUCAAAUCCCGAAAACUAUUGCUUCGUUCCAUCAUAAUGUUUUCUAACUGGUUUGUCAUCUCCUUUAUAUACUAUGGACUUACCUUGAACAUGGGCAAACUUGCUGGUAACUUGUAUAUUAACUUUGCCAUCGGCGUGACCGUGGAAGCCCUGGGAUACUCGCUGUGUUUUCUGAUGAACAAAACUGGCAGGAAACCCAUGCACCUUGUAGUCAUGUUUGGCAGUGGAUUCGGGUGUUUGCUUUCCAUUUUACCAACUCUUUUCUUCGAUUCCUCUUUGACGUGGCUCUUAGUCGCGUUUGCGAUGGUGGGGAAGUUUGGGAUCUCGGCAGCGUUCGGUGAGAUCUACAUUUACACAGGAGAACUGUUCCCUACAGUGGUCAGAAGCUUCGUUCUUGGUUUCUGUGGAAUUGGAGCAAGGCUGGGGGCAACUAUCUCUCCCUAUGUAUACCACUUUGCUGAUGGUACUUUUGGGGAAGCCCUUCCUCUGAUCGUGUUUGGAGGGUCCACCAUCAUUGUAGCUACAAUGUCAAUCAAACUGCCCGAGACGAGGGGGCGGAAACUUCUAGAGAGCGUGAAAGACGCUCAGCACGAGGAGGAUCUAGAAAUUGACAGAUAUGACAACGACAAUGUCUGUUCGGAGGACCUGAGCGACUGUAGUGAAUCAUCCCCGCUAUGAAACCUCAACUCAGAUCACAACAUUCCAAAAUCGUUUUCUUGAACUCUUUGCUUUUUCCAUGACAGAACCUUUAUACUGUAUGUACAUCAAGAUUAUCAAAACGAAAACUACAACUUUCACCUUUAUUAGUCUAUAUUUGUCUUUCAUAGGAACCAAACUUUAUGAUAUAAA